GUACUUUUCUCGUUGUAGGCAUCAUCACUUGGAGACAGCACCUCGUUUUGGAGACCAAUUCUAUCCACAGCCAUCUCUCGCUUUUCCGACAACGUGUACACAUCCAUCAUGGCCUCAUCAAUGGCGCUGAGGAGGUUUGCUGCCAAGCCUGCUUUCUCGCAGGCGCGCGCAUUCUCCACGACCAGACCUGCGGCGCGGGUCUUUGCGAACCGUCCUCUUCGCGCGAAGGAGGCCUCUCCCUAUCUUUCGAGCAAGUACCCCGUCAUUGACCACGAGUACGAUGCCAUCGUUGUCGGCGCUGGUGGCGCUGGUCUCCGUGCGGCCUUUGGUCUUGCCGAGGCUGGCUUCAACACCGCCUGUAUUUCGAAGCUCUUCCCUACCAGGAGUCACACUGUCGCCGCGCAGGGUGGUAUCAAUGCCGCCCUCGGAAACAUGCACGAAGACGACUGGAGAUGGCACAUGUACGAUACUGUCAAGGGAUCGGACUGGCUUGGCGAUCAGGAUGCUAUUCACUACAUGACCCGUGAGGCGCCCGCCUCCAUUGUCGAGCUCGAGAAUUAUGGAUGCCCUUUCUCCAGAACCGAGGAUGGAAAGAUUUACCAGCGCGCUUUCGGUGGUCAGUCUCAGAAGUUUGGCAAGGGUGGCCAGGCUUACCGUUGCUGCGCUGCUGAAGAUCGUACCGGCCACGCUCUUCUCCACACUCUUUACGGACAGUCUCUCCGCCACAACACCAACUACUUCAUCGAGUUCUUCGCUCUCGACUUGAUUAUGCAGGAUGGCGAGUGCCGUGGUGUCGUCGCCUACAACCAGGAGGACGGCACCCUGCACCGCUUCCUUGCUAACCACACCGUUCUGGCUACAGGCGGUUACGGACGUGCCUACUUCAGUUGCACGUCCGCCCACACAUGCACUGGUGACGGUAUGGCUAUGGUCGCUCGCGCCGGUCUCCCCAACCAGGAUCUUGAGUUCGUCCAGUUCCACCCUACCGGUAUCUAUGGUGCUGGCUGCCUGAUCACGGAGGGUGCUCGAGGCGAGGGUGGUUACCUCCUCAACUCGGAGGGUGAGCGCUUCAUGGAGCGUUACGCUCCCACUGCCAAGGAUCUUGCCUCCCGUGACGUCGUAUCCCGUUCCAUGACGAUGGAGAUCCGCGAGGGCCGUGGUGUUGGUGAGGAGAAGGACCACAUUUUCCUCCAGCUUAGCCAUCUCCCCGCCGAGGUCCUGCACGAGCGUCUGCCGGGCAUCUCCGAGACCGCUGGCAUUUUCGCCGGUGUCGACGUUCGCACUCAGCCUAUUCCGGUCCUGCCCACCGUCCACUACAACAUGGGUGGCAUUCCCACGAGAUACACUGGUGAGGUCAUCACCGUCGACGAGUCUGGCAACGACAAGGUCGUCCCCGGUCUGUUCGCCUGCGGUGAGGCCGCGUGUGUCUCUGUCCACGGUGCCAACCGUCUCGGUGCCAACUCCCUCCUCGACUUGGUUGUCUUCGGCCGUGCCGUUUCCCACACCAUCCGCGAUAACUUCACCCCUGGCACCAAGCACAAGCCUUUGGCUGCUGAUGCUGGUGCGGAGGCUAUUGAGACUCUGGACAACGUUCGCACUCGCGAGGGUACCAGGUCCACCUCCGACGUCCGCCUGGCUAUGCAGAAGGCCAUGCAGACCGAGGUUAGCGUUUUCAGAACACAGGAGUCUUUGGACGAGGGUGUUCGCAAGAUGACCGAGAUUGAUGCCCAAUUCCCCGAUGUUGCCAUCAAGGACAAGUCCAUGAUCUGGAACUCGGACCUUGUCGAGACUCUGGAGCUCCGCAACCUUCUGACCUGCGCCUCCCAAACUGCCACAUCCGCCGCUGCUCGCAAGGAGUCUCGUGGUGCUCAUGCCCGCGAGGACUACCCCGACCGUGACGAUAACAACUGGAUGAAGCACACUCUGUCAUUCCAGAAGCAGCCCCACGGCAAGGUCGACCUUGGCUACCGUAGCGUCAUUGGCAACACUCUGGACGAGAACGAGUGCAAGGCCGUCCCUCCUUUCAAGCGUGUGUACUAAAAUUGUUCCGAUUAGAAAAUAGGUGUACAGGUGUCUUUUAGGAAACUGGAAAAAUGCGAAGAGAGAGAAGACGAUGACUGGGGAGGGCAGCGGGAGACAUAUCAAGACAGUCAUAAUACCACGACGGAUAAUUCAGUUCAUGACCGUGACCAUAAGGAGGAUAUCGCGAGCUAUCCUUGUAAGCUAAACAGAAGUGUUCGUAUGCGAACAUGGUGGUCGUGGCCUAAAUCGCCGCGGGGGAAACUCGUCAGCAGCCGCCACAAUAAGGUCUCGCAGUACUUUUUAUUUUUGUAAACCAGUCAGCUUCUGUAGGUUAUAGGAGUGUGCUUUUC